GUUGCCGCGGGGUAGUGAAAGGUAGUAAAAGGUAGUAAAUGAAAUUAGGCCGAAUUAAGGCCGGUAAAAAGUAGUGAAAAGUAGUAAACGUCAUCUGACGAGGUAGUAAAUUUUCGAACACCAAUCCAGCUGGGCGUAUGAUUUUUUCUAUUUGUGUAAUUUACGUGCAGGCCUAUCUCCUUAAAUUACUAAACUUGCGUGGAUUUAUUUUCAUGUUGCAAGUAGCAGGGCCGCGGGAAGUAAUUUUGAGCAGGGGGUGCUGAAGUUCGCCAAGCCACGCCCCCCUUAGUUAUUGUUGCUAAGUCCAACAACAUUUUCGCGGCUAUUCAAUGAUGUCACAUCACAUCGCGCACUCCCUCAAUCAUUUUAGGUACGAUACAGGGAUAUAUUGAGGCGCAUGAAGGACCCGACUUGGCCACCGGGCGAACCGAUGAAGAGCGUACGGACAUUGAAGACAUGCUGGCCGUGGUUAGAGGAUAUCCUGUAGUGACUGCAGCCCGCCCUGGUCCGGUGGCUGAUGACUGAGAAAUCUGGAGGGACUCUAAGACACUAAAUGCCUCAAGCAAUGGGUCUUUCCUUAUAUAACCUACAGUAUUAUUCCGAUCUUGUUCGAGUUUCUUAUUCUUGUUAUCUGUUCUACAACAAACUUAGUUAAGACUAACUUCCAAUUACGCUACUUCAUUUACUACCAAUAUUAACGGAGAUAAUCCAAUAUAAACAUAUUGAUUUAAAAAAAAAAUUUAAAAAAAAAAAUCAUUUUAGGUACCCCGGCUAGCUUGCUGUCAAACCUCUUCGCGAGUUCGCCAGUUAAGACAUGGGCAAAUGCAAAUUUUCGGACCUCUGGCUGGAGGAAUCGUUGUUUAAAGAAUGGCUUAGGCCAGUAGUUGGCAACAGCCAAGAGGCUUAUUGCAACGUCUGCAAGAAGACGAUAAGCAUUACCUGGAUGGGGGUGAAGGCGGUGAAAUCGCACAUGCUAUCAAGUAGCCACCAAGCUAGGAUGCGUGGACGUAACGCUCAGCUACCGCUGUCACUGUUUUACACUGGCACAACGGCUACAUCGACGCCCUCAACCUCAACUGCUCCUUCAACCUCCACUGCUCCCUCAACCUCGCUUGCUCUCCCCCUGCAAUACCCUGCCAGUAGUCCUACCACCAGCAACAGGUGCACGACAGACGGUCAGAAGCAGACGCUAGGCACUACCACCUCUACCUUGCAGGCUGAGGUACUGUGGUGUUUAGAUGUAGCAAUGAAACACCACUCGUUCAACUCGAACGAAGGCAUAGGAGAGCUGUUCAGAAAUAUGUUCCCGGACUCCGAAAUCGCCAAAUCCUUCGCUUUGGGCAAGGAUAAAACCGGGUACAUAAUAAAAUUUGGCAUCGCACCCUAUUUUAAGAGGCAACUGGUUGAGGCCAUAAAUAAUGCCGGACCGUACGUCCUUAUGUUCGAUGAGAGCCUCAAUCAAUCGUCAAAGAAAAAACAAAUGGACAUACACAUUCGUUUUUUGGAGGAUGGUUGUGUACGCUCGAGGUAUUUUGGCUCACAAUUCCUGGGACAUGGGAGAGCUGACGAUCUGUUGCAGCACAUCAAAGAAUGUGUUGCAAAACUCAACAUGAGGCAGCUUCUCUCAGUAGGAAUGGAUGGCCCAAAUGUAAAUUUCAAACUCCUGGAUCUCCUUCAAAAGGAACAUGCUGAGCUGCAUGGAGGUGCUCAAGUCCUGAUGGUUGGGAGCUGUGGACUCCAUACCCUCCACAAUGCCAUGAAGGCAGGCUUUACGGGCUGGCAAAUUGACAAACUCCUGCGCGCUCUCCAUUACCUCUUCCACAACGUUCCUGCCCGGAGAGAGGACUACACCAACAUCACCGGGUCGUCCUGCUUUCCCCUCUCUUUCUGCGGCCACAGAUGGGUGGAAAAUGUGCCGGUUGCAGAGAGAGUCCUGGAAGUUUGGACCAUAAUUCAGAAGUUUGUCAAUGCUGUUGAGGAUAAGAAGGUCACAAAACCAAACACGGCCUCUUAUGAUGCCAUCCUGGCAGCACAAGGGGAUCCACUCUUAAUCCCAAAGCUUCAAUUCUUCCUCGCCAUUGCGAGAAGUUUUAACCCAUUUCUCAAGAAGUACCAAACAGACGAGCCAGUGUUGCCUUUUUUGGCAGAAGAUUUAACUGAGCUCCUGUUGAGUUUACUGCGGCGGUUCAUCAAAAGGGAACUCCUACAGGACCAAACCCCCCUGCAGCUGAUUAAAUUGGACAUCUCUGAGGAGAAGAACUGGGUCUCCCUCAAAAGGGUAGAUAUAGGCUUGGGGGCUGAAUCUGCCAUCAAGGCACUCCUGGGCAAACCAGGAUCAAAGAUAGGUGAACUCUCUGUACUCCACCUCAGAAAAGAGUGUUUGCAGGGUCUGAUUAAGAUCGUAAAGAAACUGCAGGAGAAAUCGCCAUUGAAAUUCCCCAUAGUUAGGCAGAUCACCUGUUUGGAUCCCACAAGGAUGGCCAGGGAUCCAGAGUGGUGCAUCCUACAGAUGAAGUCAUUAGUGCAGGCUUUCAUCCAGGGGCAGCAGCUGGCAGGUGGCAUUGCAGCUGGUGAUGUCAUCAUUCAGCAAUUCACAUCCUUUCUCUCGGUCGUGGGCAGAGAAGAAGAAUUUGUUUCCUUCCAACCCCUGAGGCAGCGUCUGGAUGUCUUUCUCCACUCCAAACUCUGCACGUCCCACCCUGACCUGCUAAAGUUCUGCCAAAGUGCUCUCCUCCUGUCCCAUGGACAAGCCACAGUGGAGAGAGGCUUCUCAGUAAAUAAGGAGGUAGAAACGUGCAACCUCCGUGAUGAAUCUCUCGAAGCCCUCAGAUUAAUCUGCGAUAAGGUAAUUGUCUGUGGCGGCGUUCUGAAAGUUCCUCUGACCAAGGAGCUCCUGGCCUCUGCUGCUUCAUCGAGGUCACAAUACAGGCUAUACCUUGAUAGUGAGCGGAAAAAAAAGGAGAAUGCCACACAGGAGCUGAAGAGGAAAGCAGCAGAGAAAGAGCUGGAGGACCUCCGGAACCGGCGGCAGGUACUCCACAGUGUGUGCCAUUCACUCCAAAAUGACGCCGACAAAUAUGCAGAGAUGGCCGAGGGAAAGGCAGGAACAAAGAUGGCUGAGCUCAUCACAAAAUCAAACACUUUUCGGAGAAGACACAGGGAAAAAAAAGCAGAACUUCUCCAAGUGGAUAAAAUGAUUGAAGAAAAGGCCACACAGUUGAGGCACUUGUGACCCUGCUGGCUAACUGUUGUUUAAGUUCUCUCUCUCUCUCUCUCGGACAGUUUUUGCGUCCAGUUGAAGUUAAAGUUAUUUCUUUGUUAAUAAGAUAUUGUAAUUACAGUGAAAGUUGCACUUUAUUAUUAUCUAGUUUAUUCUUUUUUUUCAAGGCCCUAAUUUAACCACUUGAAAUUAGUUUUUGUUAUGCAAUUGUUACUUUUUGACAUUUUGAGUAAAAACUAUGGACCAAG